AUAAAUUUCUAGUUGCAAGCAAACAACAUGGCACAGUCCAUGUUAAUCCUGUUUGAGCAUGCAUCAGGCUAUGGCCUGUUCAGGGUCAAGGAGUUUGAGGAGGUUGGGAUGAUGCUGCCAGCUGUUGAGGAGGCCAUACGCGAUCUCAGCAAGUUCAACUCGGUUGUCAAACUUGUGGCUUUCUCACCAUUCAAGAGCGGCACCAAUGCCUUGGAUAAUAUAAAUAGCAUUUCUGAAGGUGUUGUACAUGAAGAUUUGCGUCUGUUCAUUGAGACCAAUGUCCCUCAGUCAUCUAAGAAGCAGAAGGUGGUUCUUGGAGUUAGCGAUCCUAAGAUCGGUUCAUCUAUCAGUGAGGACCUGGGUGUAUCAUGCCUGCAUACUGGAGUAGUGCCGGAGGUUGUCAGAGGAAUCAGGCAGCACUUUCCCAACCUUGUGAAGGGCCUCACUGAGGUGUCAGCCAGUAAAGCCCAGCUCGGUCUCGGUCACAGCUACUCCAGAGCCAAGGUCAAGUUUAAUGUUAACCGUGUAGACAACAUGAUCAUACAGAGUAUCAGCUUGCUGGACCAGCUGGACAAGAACAUCAACACAUUCGCAAUGAGGAUCAGAGAGUGGUACUCUUACCACUUCCCAGAACUGAUGAAGAUCGUGAAUGAUAACAGCAUGUACUGUAAGGUGGCGCGCCUGAUCAAGAACCGUAAGGAGUUCACGGAGGACAAGAUGACAGAGCUGGAGGAGAUUGUGAUGGAUGAUGCUAAGGUCAAGGCCAUCUAUGACGCGUCAAGAUCAUCCAUGGGAAUGGACAUCUCAGUGAUUGACCUGAUCAACAUUGAGACAUUUGCUUCAAAGGUGAUCUCCCUGGUGGAGUACAGGAAGUCCCUACACGAAUACCUGAAAAGCAAGAUGGCUGCCGUUGCCCCGAACCUCUCAACACUCAUUGGUGAACAGGUGGGCGCCCGUUUGAUUGCCCAUGCUGGCAGUCUAACCAACCUGGCCAAAUACCCGGCCUCCACUGUACAGAUCCUGGGAGCUGAGAAGGCCCUCUUUAGAGCUCUGAAAACAAAAGGGAACACGCCGAAAUAUGGUCUGAUAUUUCACUCGACAUUCAUUGGUCGAGCUGGGGCUAAGAACAAAGGACGAAUCUCCCGUUACCUGGCCAACAAGUGUUCCAUUGCUUCUCGCAUUGAUUGCUUCUCAGACAUCCCUACCUCUGUGUACGGGGAGUUUCUCCGCCAACAGGUGGAAGAUAGGCUCAAGUUUUACGAGACAGGAGAGGCACCCAAGAAGAAUAUUGAUGUCAUGCAUGAGGCCAUGCAAGAGGCUACAGUUGUUCAAGCCAAUCUUCUGAAGAAAGACAGAAAGAAGAAAAAGAAAGAGAAGAAGAAGGGUAAGGGAGAUGCCGGUGACGUUUCCAUGGAAACAGACGCCAACACGACGGCAGACAUGACAGCUGAAAGCUCCAUGCUUGAGGAGCCCCAGAAAAAGAAGAAGAAAAAGAAGAGGCAGUCUGAAGGUGAGAGUGAGGCGAAUGUCACCAUGGAGACAACCCAGGAGCUUGACGUCUCCCAGGAGACAGAGGGGGAACCCCCAGCCAAGAAACAGAAGAAAAAGAAGAAGAAGCCAAAAUAAUGAAUAAUAUUGGGCGGUCAUGAUGUACCGCAGUCACAGUGUGGUGUGAGGGGUGGUCUCAAGUGACCCAGGAAUUUUAAAUGCUUUUAAUGGAUUUAUUAUUGAUACUAUUUUGUCAUAAUGUAAAUGUAGCCUAUAUGAAAAAGAGACAUAUUUGUUCAGAUGUACCAAGGAUAGACUGUCAGUUGGCAAAUAGUUUUCAAAACGCAUUGAUAAAAUGAAUGAUAUAUUCUGCCAGUUAAUUUGUUUUCCUUUUUUUUAAAGCCAAAAUGGCUUAAAAAAAGCCCCUGACUUUUAUGUAAAUAAAAUAUUCUGGUAUGGUAUUUGUUUUAUUUGAGAAAUAAGUUUUAGCCAACUUCAGUACUAUUAUACAAUUGUAAUUGUAAGUAAUACAUGUACAUUAUGGGCAGUAAAAUUGUGUUCAUUUGUAUGUUUUCAUGCUUCAUUGUUAUUUCCCAUUACAUUGGAUAAGCAUACCUUAAACCAUAUUUCAUAAUAAAUAGUGUUCAGUC